AUGGAUAUUUUGAAGAAAUCUAAUAUAUUAUUAAUAAUAUAUGCCAUUUUCUCUCUUGGAUUAUCGAUAUGGGCUGGAUACGACCUAUAUUACGUAAUAAAUCCUCAAAAUGAUAAAAGGAAUGAGCCAUCUCACAAAGUUGAGUUACAAGAUAAGAACAAGCUCUCUGAGUCAGACGAGAGAAGGCUAAUUAAAGAAGAUACUGAUAACUUUCUAAAAUCUAUUAGAGGCACUCCCAGAAUACUGGCCAACAUCUACGAUUUAACCGAGAUUGGACUUGACAAAGAUAUCAUUAAGCAAAGACUAAUCAAAGAGGACACUAAAGAAUUUUUCAAAUCCCUGGAGGGUGAAACCUCAAUAUUGGUUAACAUAUUCGAUCUCGACUUUGGUCCUGACAAAAAGGUCAAAGAGGCAGAAUUGAUCAAAAAAGACACCGAAGCGUUCAUAAAAUCGAUCAAAGGGAGACCUAUAGUUUUAUCUAAUUUGUUUGAGCUAAACUUUGGGCCUGAUAAAGAUAUUCUUGAGCAAAAACUGAUAAAGAAGGACACUGAGGAGUUCUUAAAGAAGAUCAAGGCCGACCCUAUACUCCUAAACAUUUACGACCUUGUAGAGCUUGGAAUUGAUAAAAAAGUCCGGGAGGCUAAGUUAAUAAAAGAGGAUACUGAUAAAUUUUUCGAACCACUUGAUGGGAAAACCUCGGUCCUCGUGAAUCUGUAUGACAAUAAGGAGCUUGGUCCUGACAAGGCUUUGAUUGAACAGAAGCUGAUAAAAAAAGAUACUGCUGACUUCUUGAAAAAGAUUGAGAGACAAACUUCGGUCAUUGCUAAUCUGUACGAUAUUGAGAGAAUGGGUAUUGUUAAAGGUAAAACCCCAAUGUCCAAGGAUGAAAUUGAAAAGUUUGUAAAGUCAAUUCAUGAUACUUCAUCAAUCCUGGUUAAUAUAUACGAGCUUAGCGAUCUGGGUAUAGAUGAAUCUGUAAUUAAGCAAAGACUAAUCAAAGAGGACACUAAAGAAUUUUUCAAAUCCCUGGAGGGUGAAACCUCAAUAUUGGUUAACAUAUUCGAUCUCGACUUUGGUCCUGACAAAAAGGUAAAAGAGGCAGAAUUGAUCAAAAAAGAUACUGACGAAUUCAUUGAGGCGAUUCGAGACACUCCUACAAUUCUCGGUAGUAUAUACGAUUUGAAAGAAUUGGGUAUUGAUAAAGUAAUGAAUAAACCAGAACCAGAUAUAAAGCAGAUUCCACCUAGGCCUGAUUACGAGAAAACUCUAGAGGAAGAUAGAAAGAAAGGCCCUGCACUUGAAACGGACCACCUGAAAGAAAACGAAAAGAAAUUGGAAAGAGACACAGAUUUGGUGAGAGACCCAAAAGGAGAAAAAACUCAAGAAGAAUUAAACAGGGAAAAAGAAAAUUAUAAGGGAAAGGAUGGUCACGGAGGUGGUAUGGAAACUGAGAAUGAAUUUUUUGGGUAG